CGUGUUGAAAGGGCAAUGAAAUAUCUCAUAGUCUUAGGAGCGGCGGUCCUACUACUUACAGCAGGAUGCGCGGCGCAGGAGGAGACGAGUUCCCCCACAGUGGAUGCUGAUUUGGGUGCAUCACGCGAGGGUUCCCGCACUGAUGCGGAGGCGGUAUCGCGGGAGGCGGAGGCCAUCUCUCCGGACGGGUUGACGGCAGCGCAGCAGCGCGAACUGCUCGCACGCGCACAGAACUAUACCUUCCAGACGGAAGUGAACCGCAUGAUGAAGCUCAUUAUCAACUCACUCUACAGAAACAAAGAGAUAUUCUUGCGGGAGCUGAUUUCCAACGGGUCCGACGCCCUUGAUAAAAUCCGGCUUCUGUCGCUGACGGACCGCGACGUGCUGACCGCAACCAACGACAUGAGCAUACGCAUCAAGGCGGAGCCGGAGAAGCGGCUGCUUCACAUCAUCGACACGGGGAUCGGCAUGACGCGCCUCGAUCUGAUUAACAACCUCGGUACCAUCGCCAAAUCCGGCACCGCGGACUUUCUUUCUAAGAUGCAAGACGUCGAGACGAGCGGCGCGCAGGAGAUGAACGACAUGAUCGGCCAGUUCGGCGUGGGAUUCUACUCGGCGUUCCUGGUAGCCGACCGCGUCACGGUGGUGACCAAGCACAACGACGACAAGCAAUAUGUGUGGGAAUCGGACGCCAACUCCUUCAGCGUGGCCGAGGACCCCCGCGGGAACACGCUCCAGCGCGGCACGCACAUCACAUUGCACUUGAAGGAGGAAGCCGCCGACUACCUGCAAGCCGACACGAUCCGCUCGCUCGUGAAGAAGUACUCGCAGUUCAUCAACUUCCCCAUCUACAUGUGGGCGUCGCACACCGAGACGGUCGAGGAGCCCGACGACGAGCCCGCGCCCGCCGACGACGCCGACGAGGACGCGCAGGUGGAGGACGCCGAUGACAAGCCGGAGAAGAAAAAAACGGAGAAGACGGUGUGGGACUGGGAGCUGAUGAACGACAACAAGCCCAUUUGGACGCGCAAGCCCUCCGAGGUCCCCGAGGAGGAGUACACGCAGUUCUACAAGAGCCUCACUAAGGACACCUCGGCGCCGCUAGCCAAGGCGCACUUCGUGGCCGAGGGCGAGGUGACGUUCCGCGCGUUGCUGUUCGUGCCGCGCGUGCAGCCCGCCGACAGCUUCAACCGCUACGGCACCAAGACCGACCACAUCAAGCUCUACGUGCGCCGCGUCUUCAUCACCGACGAGUUCAACGACCUCAUGCCCAACUACCUGGCCUUCAUCCAGGGCAUCGUGGACUCCGACGACCUGCCGCUGAACGUGUCGCGUGAGACGCUGCAGCAGCACAAGCUCAUCAAGAUCAUCAAGAAGAAAUUGGUGCGCAAAGCGCUCGACAUGCUCAAGAAGAUCCCCGCCGACGAGUACGAGCACUUCUGGAAGGAGUACUCCACCAACAUCAAGCUCGGCGUGAUGGAGGACCCCAGCAACAGGUCGCGGCUGGCCAAGCUGCUGCGGUUCCACUCGUCGCGCAGCGAGAGCAUGACCUUCCUGGCCGACUACGUGUCGCGCAUGAAGCCCAAGCAGACGCACAUCUACUACAUCGCCGGCUCCAGCCGCGCGGAGGUGGAGAAGUCGCCCUUCGCCGAGAGGCUGGUGCGCACCGGCUACGAGGUGCUGUACCUGACGGAGGCCGUCGACGAGUACUGCCUGUCGUCGCUGCCCGAGUACGAGGGCCACAAGUUCCAGAACAUCGCCAAGGAGAUCUUCGACCUGGAGGAGGGCGAGGCGGCGCGCGCGCAGCUGGAGGAGUACAAGAAGCAGUUCGAGCCGCUGACGCGCUGGCUGGGCGACCGCCUGGGCCAGUGGGUGACGCGCGCGCAGGUGUCGCGGCGGCUGGCGCGCUCGCCGGCCGCGCUGGUGGCCACGGUCUUCGGCUGGACCGGCAACAUGGAGCGCCUGGCGCUGUCCAACGCGCACCAGAAGGCCGACGACGCGCAGCGCCGGCACCACCUCACGCAGAAGAAGAUGCUGGAGAUCAACCCGCGGCACCCCGUGGUGCGGGAGCUGCUGCGCCGCGUGCAGGACGACCCCGACAGCCCCGACGCGGCGCUGGCCGCCACCACGCUGUACCGCACGGCGGCGCUGCGCUCCGGCUACCUGCUGCAGGAGGGGCAGGCCGUGGAGUUCGCCGAGGCCGUGGAGCGCAUGCUGCAGACCUCGCUGGGGCUGCCGGCCGACGCCGCGCCCGAGGACGAGGACUUCGAGGCCGACGCCGACGACGCGCCGCCCGACGCCGACGCCGACGUCGAUGCCGACGCCGACCGCGACGAGCUGUGAGCCGGCCUCCCGCUCGCCUCCAUUCCGGGCGAGCGCCCCCGAGAUUAGCUGUACUGAUUACGUAACAAGUCUGCCCAAAAGCCGAGCGUCGGCGAAGGUCGCGGCGGCCGCGGGACCGCGCGCUCU